CAAAUUUCCCCAAUCCCCUGAUUUCUCUGGCUUGUCUCCGGACACAAACGCAUUUCAGAGUCAUUCUAGUCUACCAUCAAUGGCUCCGAAGGCGAAGCCCAAACCGACGGCCGCGCCGGCGGUCUCCAUUGAAGAUCUUUUCACAACUCUUAAUCGACAUAUACAAAGGUCAGAGUACGAGCAGGCUGUCAAGGUUGCAGAUCAAGUUUUAUCUGUUGCUCCUGAUGACGAAGAUGCAAUUCAGUGUAAGAUUGUGUCUUUGAUUAAGGCUGAUAACAUCGAUGAUGCUCUUUCUACUAUUGUCGCCUUGUCGAAGAAGUUCCCUUUUAAUUUCGGUUUCUUCAAGGCAUACUGUCUAUACAGACAAAAUAAGUUAGAUGAUGCUUUGGAAGCCUUGAAGAGCCUAGAAAAAGACUCUGCAACAAUGUUGUUAGAAUCACAGAUUCUAUUCCGGCAAGGAAACAUGGAUGCUUCUGUGGAUGUGUAUCAAAAGCUCCAGAAAUCAAAGAUAGAGUCUCUGGAGAUAAAUCUUGUUGCUGGUUUAGUUUCAGCUGGUAGGGCAAGUGAAGUUCAAGGAAUCAUGGAUUCCAUGCGAGUUAAAGCAACCAGCAGCUUUGAGUUGGCAUACAAUACUGCAUGUGCAUUGAUUGAGAAAAACAAAUACUCAGAUGCUGAACAACUCCUACUUUCCUCUCGAAGAAUUGGUCAGGAGACAUUGAUGGAUGAAAAUUUACCCGAUGAUGAGAUUGAGAUCGAGUUAGCACCCAUAGCUGUACAGUUGGCCUAUGUACAGCAGCUUUUGGGAAACAAACAAGAAGCCCUUGCAUCUUACACAGACCUUAUCAAACGGAAUCUUCCAGACGAACCAUCAAAUGCAGUAGCAAUUAACAAUCUAAUAGCAUUAAAGGGUUCUAAAGAUGUAUCUGAUGGAUUAAAGAAGCUUGAUCGUUUAAUACAAAAAAACAGUGGAGAUCAAAGCUUCCACCUUGUCCCUGGACUAGAAUUAAAGCUCUCACCUAAACAGAAGGAAGCCAUCUACAUUAAUCGAAUGCUUUUGCUUCUUCAUUCUAACAAGAUUGACCAGGCCCAUGAGCUUGCGGAUGCCUUACCACAAAUGUUUCCCACCAGUGUGACACCUGUACUGCUUCAAGCUUCUGUCUUUGUGAAAGAAAACAAGGCUGGAAAAGCUGAAGAAUUGUUAUGGAAGUACGCAGAGAAGUUUCCAGACAAAUCAAAGAUCGUUCUACUGGCUAGGGCACAGAUUGCAGCAGCUGCAGGGCAUCCUCAAAUUGCAUCAGAAUCUUUACUAAAGAUCCCUGAUAUUCAACACAUGCCAGCCACUGUUGCAACUCUUGUAUCCCUAAAAGAACGUUCAGGAGACAUUGAAGGUGCUAGUGCUGUUCUUGAUUCUGCUAUUACAUAUUGGUCAAACGCAAUGACUGAAGAGAGUCAACUGAGUGUUAUCAUGCAAGAGGCAGCAGCUUUUAAGGUCAAACAUGGGAAAAAAGAGGAAGCUUUGAAACUGUUUGAGAAGCUUGUGAAAAGUCAUAACAGUAUUGAGGCGUUAGUAGGUUUGAUAGAAACUGCUGCUUAUACAGAUGUUGAAAAGGCAGAAACUUAUGAGAAGAAACUGAAACCACUUCCUGGUUUGACAUCUGUGGAUGUGAAUGCAUUGGAGAAAACUUCUGGUGCUAAGUAUGUUGAAAACGGGCCCCACUUGGGGAAUAAUAAUGUUGAAGUUCAUGAAAGUAAAAGUAAGGAAAAAGUGAAGAGAAAAAGGAAGAGAAAGCCGAGGUACCCGAAAGGGUUUGACCCUGCUAACCCGGGCCCACCACCUGAUCCAGAAAGAUGGUUGCCUAAAAGGGAAAGAUCUAGCUACAGACCAAAGAGGAAAGAUAAAAGAGCUGCUCAAAUUAGAGGCUCUCAGGGUGCAGUGGCUAAAGAAGCUGUGAAUGCUGGAAACACAAAGUCAAGUCAACCAUCAAAUGCAAAAGGAUCUUCAAGCAAUGCAGCUCAACCCAAGCCUUCUUCAAAGUCCUCCAGGAAGAAAUCCAGAAAUUGAAAGGGUAUGUGUGUCAUUUUCCUUCAUUUUUUUUUUGUUUUUGUUUUGUUGUGUUAAUUAGAUUCUAAUAUGGUUUUCCCAUUAGUUAUCUAUGAGUGAAAGGCAGGACAUAUUACAUUGGUUGUUGACUUUUGCAUUACUGUUCUGUUGGAAUAUCUUUGACUUUUGAAAAA